GUGUUCUUCUGACACAAGCUUCCACUUCAACUGAUAGUUUCUUCAAGGGAAGUUUCAGAAUAUUAAAUAUUGCUUACAAUGAUGCCUUGUCAACUACAAGUUCAGCCGAAUUCUCACAAUUAGCAAAUAAAAUUCAGACAGAAGCCAGGCAGUGUUUUAGUAACACUUUUACUACAGUUCAAGGGAAAUGGAAACACCGCUUUAACAGCAGGGACAGUCAAAAAUAUAUUUCAGCAAAACCUGACACGAGUCAAUGCGUCCAGUCAAUCUGGCUACUCGAAUGACUUCAGCAUAGAUUUAACAUCCAUUCAGUUCAUUGAAAUAUGUCAGGCAGCUGCAAAAGUUAUUUUCACCAGUGUUUCUACAACAGAAACCAUCACAUCAAAUUCAAGUACCACGGUUGCCACAGACACUCCUACCACAUUUAGCUCAACUGAGAUGACUACAAUUCCUACAACAGAAACCAUCGCAUCAAAUCUAAGUACCACAGUUGCCACAGACAUUUCUACCACACUUAGCUCAACUGAGACCACUACAACUUGUGGCUCCAGACCUGCUUUUUCCAGUAGGAUUGUUGGUGGGACAAACUCAGUAAAUGGUGAAUGGCCUUGGCAAGUUAGUCUCCAAAUCAAAUCACACAUCUGUGGCGCCUCCAUCAUCUCUGACAGAUGGCUCAUCUCUGCAGCUCACUGUUUUCAUGAUUCAACAAACAACCCAUCAAUAUGGAGAGCAUUGAUCGGAACAAAUGAUGUAGAAAGCGGUACUGUCCGAACUAUUGAAACAAUUAUCGUCCAUCCACAGCACCGACAAACCACAAAUGACUAUGACAUUGCAGUGCUGAAACUUUCAUCCCCUCUGAACUUUGCAGCUAACAUUCAGCCAAUUUGUCUUCCAUCGAGUGACCACGUCUUCCAUGCUGGGGACAGCUGCAUAAUCACAGGAUGGGGCACUCUUUCAUUUGAAGGCUCACUGCCACAAAUCCUUCAAAAAGCAAAUGUGGACAUCAUCGCUGACAGCACAUGCAGGAGAAUCUAUCGAAUUACUGAAAGAAUGCUGUGUGCUGGCUUCUUAACAGGAGGAGUCGAUUCCUGUGAGGGUGACUCCGGAGGUCCAUUAGCCUGUAUGCAACCUGAUGGAAUUUGGCUUCUUGCUGGAAUUGUGAGCUUUGGUUUUGAAUGCGCCAGACCUAACUUCCCAGGAGUCUAUGCUCGGGUAACAGCUCUGCGAGACUGGGUGCAGGAGCAGACUGGAGUGUAAAGAAAUGGUCCAAUUUGUACUGUUCCUGAACUAAUGAUCAUUCUCCACUCACAGAUUAUGACUUGAUUCCGAUUGACUACUUAUUAUAAUGCAGUGUGGUCCCGCUGCCGCAUUUUCAGAAAACAAUGUGACUUUACUUUUUAAACCUGUGUUUUCAACUUUGGAUGGGAUUUUACCAGCCACGUGGAAUGGACUGAGAGGAAUAGGGGAGCAGGGAAAGUUCUGAGGAGUUGUAUCAGGAGGGCUUCCCAACAUAAUCCACAGUCAGGGAAAAUUCCCAGUGGCAGGACCACUGGAUUGUGUGCGGAUGGCCAAUUUAAAAAUGUACAGGAGUGAUUAAGGCACAUUCCAGGAAGUGCAGCCCUCAUGCACACAAAGGGUCACUGUAAAGGGGAAACUUGAGGUCUUUAUGAAGUCAUCCUCCAUGCAACAUCCCAGAGAAUCAUCAGAGCUGGAGGUUGGGGUGUUUUGGUUACAUACAGCGAAUAUGUCUGCCCAGCUCCAAACAACCAUCCAGCAGACCCUGCCUAUUAAUCUCAUCAGAAUUUUAAAUUAAACCUCUCCAAGGCCUCACAAUCUCUUGAGAUGCCUCAAUGGUGCCCACUUUACCUAGUGAGCUCAGAUUUAGCCAGAAGCAACGAGAAGCUGCCCUUAUUUGUGACAUGUCUGGGGGAGUAAAAUAGGAGGACCCCCCCCAUCCCAUUCUGACAGCAGGGUUGGGGGUUUAGAGGUGGGAUCCAAAAGCCCAUGGCGAAAUCCUGCCUGUUACAUUUGAGUUUAAAAUCCUGGGCACUUUAUUUUUGUGGACAUUGCUGAAUUAGAGAAUGAGGUCACUUUUAAAAUGAGCUCUAAAUCAGUGAGUGACAUCUGAGAGUAACAAUUCUCAGCCCUUGUGAUUAGUUUGUGUUCAUCUUGUGCACUCCCAAACUCCUUUGCCACACAGUUAGUGGCUGAGCCUUCAGGUGCCUGGGGCACUAACUAUGGAACUCCCUCCCCGAAAGAAAGAUGUUCAGAACAUUUAAAUGCAAUUAAUCGCCCUCAAUCUUUGCACAAGAGUAUAACAUCAUUAUGCUGUGGCGUUUGUACUCCCCCACCAGUGGAGUUGAGUACAGGAAGAGGGUAGGGGCAUGUUAAAUCCAGAGAGUGAUCUCUCCCUGCCUACCCAUCCACCAUGAUUUUUAUCAGUGGCAGAUUUGGUAUUGGAUUCCCUGCUGUCCAACAGUGGGUCAUCUGAGGACUUUCACUGGGGAACCAAUAACCACUCAAUUGCUUCAUCCUGCCACCAUUGGGCUUGAACCAGCAGCUUUCCCUGCGUAAGGUCUCAUGGUGUGCAUGAAGGAGGUCCCUCCUUAACUUGCACCCAGGGGUCCAUCAAACGGAGUAAACAUGCCAUCACUCUGCCCACAUCCCUCAGCUCCCCAUCACUCCGUGAUGUCCUUCCAAAUGCUGGCUGAGAAAGCUUAGAUCCAUUGCCCAAUUGCAGUAACAGCAGUGUCCACAAUGGUUCUGCAAAUUCAUGAGAUCUUCUGACUUCUGACUGACCAGCAGCUCAAGGCAGAAAUCUCACCUUCCAACCUUAACAGUCAAUCAACUGCUAAUUCACUGUGAGAUGUCUGUGCUUCCCCAAGACCACAUACUCAUUUAAUUCUACAUGCCACUGUCUAAUCCAAUUCAUUCUGCUCCCAAUGUCUUGUGGACUAACCUUCAUUACUUCGUCCUGUUGCAUUCCCUGUACUUUUUAAAUAUAAAGUCAAAGUGAACAAAAACAGUAAUUGCUGACAAAACACAUCACAUCUGGUAACAUAUGUAGGAAGGAAGCAGAGUUAGUGUUUUGAGUCCAGUGACCCUUCGUCAGAAUUACUUUGAAUCUCAGGGAAACCUGCACACUAUUUCUGUGUAGUUAUUUUACCACUGAUCUCAAUGGUAUGCAAAAUUGCAAGAAAAAUCAUACUAACUAUUAACAAAAGGAUACAGUGCAAAUAAGUGUAUCAACUAAUUGUUACUGCCAUUCCUGAUGGUGUUAAUAAGUUGAAUUAACUUUGUUGUAAAGAAGGAAUAAAUUUUCAGGAAUAAAGUGAAUAAAGCAUAAA